AGUGGUAGCGGAAGCCUCUGAGGUGUCGGCGAUGGCGACGUCCCUCGAUAUUAAGAUUAAGCGAGCGAACAAGGUGUAUCAUGCUGGGGAGGUGCUAUCCGGGGUGGUGGUCGUCUCCGGGAAGGAUGCGGUGCAGCACCAGGGACUGUCCCUGACCGUGGAGGGCAGCGUGAACCUCCAGCUCAGUGCCAAGAGCGUGGGCGUCUUCGAGGCCUUCUACAAUUCCGUCAAGCCCAUCCAGAUCCUCAACAGCACGAUGGAGAUGGUGAAGCCAGGGAAGUUCCCCAGUGGCAGGACCGAGAUCCCCUUCGAGUUCCCCCUGCUCGUCAAGGGGGGCAAAGUCCUGUACGAGACCUACCAUGGCGUGUUCAUCAACAUCCAGUAUACCCUGCGCUGCGACAUGAGGCGGUCGCUGCUGGCCAAGGACCUCACCAAGACCUGCGAGUUCAUCGUCCACUCUGCGCCGCAGAAGGGAAAACUGAGUCCAACCCCCGUGGACUUCACCAUCACCCCCGAAACCCUACAGAACGUCAAAGAGCGUGCCCUGCUGCCCAAGUUCCUCAUCCGAGGCCACCUCAGCUCCACCAACUGCGUCAUCACGCAGCCGCUGACAGGCGAGCUGGUGGUGGAGAGCUCGGAGGCGGCGGUGCGCAGCGUGGAGCUGCAGCUGGUGCGCGUGGAGACGUGCGGAUGCGCAGAGGGCUACUCCCGCGACGCCACCGAGAUCCAGAACAUCCAGAUCGCCGACGGUGACGUGUGCCGGGGCCUCCCUAUCCCCAUCCACAUGGUCUUCCCGCGCCUCUUCACCUGCCCCACGCUCGAGACCACCAACUUCAAAAUCGAAUUUGAGGUCAACGUGGUGGUGCUGCUCCAGGCCGACCACCUUAUCACUGAGAACUUCCCGCUGAAGCUCUGCAGGGUCUAGUCAGCCCUAUAGGGGUUGCUGAGGAACCCCACCGCUACCCCCUCCACCAUUGGGGCACAGCAGAGAUGGAAGGAUGCCCGCAGGGGCACUCGCUGUUUCCAGAGAGGGAACCCUCACAGGAAAGCGCAGGGGUGACCCGUGGAAAGGCAGCAGGCUCUCAGUCUGAGCAUGCUGGAGGGGGGACUGUACCUUCAGCGCCAGGACGCCCAGAAGCAUUGCAGAAGAGGAGGCGGGGCCAGGCCUCCUGCCCUUGGGAGCCUGCUGUACCCCAUCCCUGGCCUCCCACUGACCAGGCCCAGAGCCCUGUGCACUG